CACGGACAAGCAACUUCCCCACCACACAGCAUACACGAUGAUCAUCAGAAGAGCGUUUCUCGGAGGGAGCCGAUUGACAUCGGUGUCAUCCUCCCCCGCCGCCGCCGUUCGCCGCCAUCUCUCGACCCACCCCGAAUCUGAUCUCUCGCAGGGCCACCACCUCCCUGAGCACCCGCAGGAACCCCCUACCAAUGACCACAAGAAGCGCCCGAUCGACUGGGAAGCCCCCAUGAGCCUCAAGGACGACUUCGACCUGCUGCAGCGAUUCCGCUCGACCAGCGGUAUGCUGGGCUCGACGAUCUCGCCGCACUACAAGCCUCACCGAAUGGUAACCUCUCCACCACGUCCCAAAGACAUCACGCUGGAGCUACUCCUCGCAUCCGGCGCGCACCUAGGGCACUCGACGUCGCUAUGGAACCCCGCGAACCAACGCUACAUAUUCGGCAUCCGCCAGGGGAUCCACAUCAUCUCCUUGGAGCAGACGGCGGCGCACCUGCGGCGCGCAGCCAAGGUCGUCGAGGGCGUCGCGCGCAACGGCGGGCUCGUCCUGUUCGUGGGCAACCGGCAGGGCCAGGACCGCGCCGUCGUCGAGGCGGCACGCAUGACCGGCGGCUGCCAUCUCUUUGGAAAGUGGGUCCCUGGCACGAUUACCAAUGGAACCAGGAUUGUCGGACAUGGUGCGCUUGUCGAAAAGGAUUUUGCGGAUAGGGCCAGUCCGGAUGGGCCGCUCACGGGCCAGGACCCCCUCAGACCAGAUCUGGUCGUCUGCUUGAAUCCCCUCGAGAACUAUAUCCUCCUGCAUGAGUGCGGCCUCUACGGUAUCCCCACCAUUGGCGUUAUCGACACAGAUGCGAAUCCGACUUGGGUCACGUAUCCGAUCCCGGCGAACGACGACAGCUUGCGGUGUAUACAAUUGAUCGCAGGAGUCCUCGGAAGAGCCGGCGAGAACGGCAAGAACCAGAGAAUCCGAAAGACGCAGCACGACGAGGCGAUGGAAUCUCGGAUGGCCGAGAACAUGGAUAUGGAAAUGGAUGGCAGUUAGUUUGUCGCGGCGGUAGAAGGGAAAAAAUGGUUAGACCAAAUAGAGAGGGUGAUCAGGAAAUAUGUAUUUAAAUGUACAUAGCAUCAACGAGUCAUC